GUUAAGUGUAUACAAACGGAUAUUGUCCAAGGAGAACAUGUUAAAUGAAGGACCACGGGCUCGGGGUGGAACUCUAAUGAACACCAGUGUUUAAGGGAUAGGUAGGAAAGAGGAGCCUUGGAUAGAGAUUUGAUAGAAACUGUCAGAGAUGUGGAGUUUGUGUGUGUAUGUAACACAAUCCGUGUGGAGAGUUGGUUGUAUGGAGACUAAUGGGAUUGUGAUUUGUAACUUCAAUCCAUAUUAUUUGCUCUAAACCAGGUUUGGCAAACUUUGUAAAGGGCCAGAGAAUAAGUAUUUUAGGCUUUGUGAGCCAUAUGGUAUCCACUGCAACUACUCAGUUCUGCUGGAGUAGCACAAAAGCAGCCUUAGACAAUACGUAAAUGAAUGAAUGCGGCUGUGUUCUAAUAACACUUUAUUUACAAAAAGGCAUUGUGGGCUAGAUUUGGCCCAUGGGCCAUUGUUGGCUGAUUCCUGCCCUAAACCAACUGCUCCAUUGACAUCGGCUUUCUCACAGGCACCUUAAACUUACCUCAUAUCAAAUUCGUGUUACUCCCCGCCAAGCCUGGUGCUUUUCUUUCGCUGUGUCAGUGACUGGUAUCAGCAAGUCAGAAACCAGAGUCAUCGUGGACACCUCUCUUUCCCCAACAUUCCACAUCUGAUUUAUCAUCAAUUCUUGCUGAUUUUACCUUGUGAGCGUUGUUGUCUUCCUAGUUCUCUCCCUGUCCACUGCCACCAACUUAGUUCAGCUUCCCUGGUUUCUCACUUGACUGCUGUAGUCCCCUCCUAAGUAAUGUCCUUAUAUUUACACGUGGCUUCUCCUAAUUGUCUUCCCUAGAAUGAUCUUUUAAAGAUGCAAACUUAUCAUGUCUCUUCUCAUUCAGUCCCACAUUUAAGUAUUUUCCAUGGCUUCCCAUUACUCUAAGAAUAAGGACCCAAAUCUCUAAUGUUCUAAGUGAUCCGCUUCCCUCUUACCUCCUAGUCCCUGUUCAUUCUUCUCUCCCUGCCACCCUACUCCCCAUACACACUGCUGCCUUCCUUUUGGUUCAUUUACUGUGUUUCUUCUUGGCACAGGACCUUUGCAUAUCCUAUGUGCUUUGUCUGGAAUGCUGUCCUCCUCCCCUUGGUACUCUUCCUUCAGAACUCAACUCAAAGGUAGUUUUCAGGGAAGCUUUCAUUACUGUUACAGGUGCAGUUCUCAUAGCCAUACUUUGGGUCUUUCUUUCAUAGAAUUUAUCACAUUUUUAUAAUUAUGCAUUUGUCUCUGAUCAUUUGACUAAUGUAUUGAGCUUCUGUAUUUUUAGCUCCAAAAACAAGGAGUAUAUUUAUUUUGCUUACACUUAAUCCUAAACUCAGAGGGUGGUACAAAAAAUGCUCAAUAAGGGUGUUUGAAGAAUGAGUGAAUGAAUGAGAGUAUUGUCAUGGAAGCCCCAGGGUAGAGGAGGUCAAAGAGCAGGUAGUCAUUGCUUCAGAGCAAUCCAGUAAAAUCAGAAUAGACAAGUAUCUAUUAGAGUUUUUAUCCCUUGGAUUUUGCAGUUUUAAGACAUGAUGCCCUUUACCAGGAAUGGUAGUAGAGUCCAGAUUGUGCUGUAGGGGUCCAGAAGUGAGUGGGAAGGAGGAAAUGGAGAUGUCAGGUGUAGACUGUUCUUUCACACAGUUGGCUUGGAAAGGAAAGAGGGCAGUAGUUGGUAACUAGUAUUGAAGGGUCAGGAAAGAUUGUCACUAUUUCUUUGUUUAUUUUUAAGGAUGGGAAAGAUUUCUGUGUUUUUAUAGGCAAAAGGGAGAGAGAGCCCCUCCAGAAAGGAAGAGGGUUUUCCUGCUGGAGCAGGAUUUAGAGAGGGAUCUAGAGCAGAGCAGAAGCAGGGGGCCUUGCAUAGGAAAAGGGACACCACACCCUUUUAGACUGGAAUAAGGACUGGAAUAAGGACAGGAAGGUGUAUGGCUGGGUGGUUUGUAUGGCCUCAGGUUUCUUGAAAAAAGUAAGAGGAGACGUUUUCGUCCGAGAAAGGAAUUUGGAAGUUGCAUAAGGAAUGAAAGAGAAGGGCACUGGUUACAGGAAUCAGAAAGAGGGGCUGACCAAGGCCAGUUAAAGGGCCAUCAUGCUCGGUAAGGGCUCAUCGGUGGGGAGAAUCCAUGAAUUUCUUACGGUAACUAUCUGUGUCGUUGUGUGAUUUCUCCCUUCAGUGUACACUAGCCACAGUUCCGGCGUGGUCAUCUAGGGCUCAGCUUUUCCCGAAUGGCCGCAAUGGGAAGAGGAGUGUGGGGAUGUAAGGAUGUUGAAAAUACUGUAAAAAUGGGGAUAGGAAGAGAGUGGGUGUCUACCGAGCACACUUUGUUCCUGUACUAGAAUUUUUGGUGACCUCUCCAAAAAUUCUCUUAGUCUCUCUCUCUCUGUCCUCCCUCCGCAUUUUUGCCCUCAGGAUGCUUGCAUUUAAUGGAGGAAAUACUCUUUACAAAUUCAGUGCAAUCAAUGGUAUGUGUGCUUGAAUAGCGCUGUGCACUAAAUGUUAUGAGAACAUUGAGGAAAGAGCAAUGAACUGCAUCAGAGAAUGUGGGAGGGCAUCACAAAGGGGGCAGGCAUUUGAGCUGGGUUUUGAAGGUGUGAGCAUGGGAGGAUUUGGUGUGGUGGGAAUAACACAGGCAGGAUUGGUGGGAAUGGGGGGAACCUUUCAGACUAAGACAUAUUUAAAGGAAGGCUCAGUGGCGUGGAAGGACAUAAAUUAGGGAAAUGGCAGGAUGUUCUGGGCAUGGUGAAGGGGAUGGAAUGGGUAGGUGAAUGGAGUAGCAGAAGUUUGGGGCCAGAUUGUCACUCUUUGGAUUUUGUUCUAUAGCCCGAUAGAGAAUUAUUAAAGGUUUCUGCAUGUUGGUGGCAUUCGUUUUAAUAAUAAUGGCUAAUAUUUAUUGAAAGGUUUUAUUUCAGAUGCUAAGCCUGUUAUGUGUUAUCUCAUUGGAUCCUCACAGUGACCCAACAAAGUAGGUCUCGUUGUCCCUGUUUACCAGGUGAGGAAAUUGCAGCUGGAAUAGGUUCGGUCACUGUCAUCAAGGUCUCACAGCUAGAAAGUAGCUGGGCUAGAACUGGAGUCCAGGUCUGUCUAAUUGUAAAUCCAUGCUUUUAAAUCUCUCUACUAUCCUUACGUUUUAGGGUGAAGGAAUGUGGUAUGGGGAGAGUAUGGAUUAUCACUCAUGUCCACCUUCCAGUUUCCAGGGCUGGAUCUAGUGAUGAGUAAGGUGAGGGCUUAGGAGAGAGUAGGCGUGGAGGGAUGAAGGCUUUCCAGGCAGAGGAACAGCCUCUGCAGAGUCAUAGAAGGUCAAGUUUAGCAUGGCAGCAUCAGAGAGGUGCUAUGGAUGAACCAGAAGUAAUCCUCAGCGUUGGGAUGGGUCAGAUUCUUAUUAGAGUUGUGAGCUCAGUCUUGGAGCUACUCCUUCAAACAGGAAUGUGAGCAGACUAGACUGACAGGAGAGGAGCAAGAAAAAUGAUUCAAAGCAGGUGGAGGAAAGGGCAGCGGAAUCGAUGACUCGUUACUGUGUCUGUGAUAGGAAAGGUUGAGAGGGUGUUCACAUGGUCCUCUCCUUGGAGAUUAAAGCAGAUGCUCAUGUCUGGGGUUAUGUUGGAGAAAAGAUCAAGUUGAAAUGCACCUUCAAGUCAACUUUCUCUGUCACUGAUAAACUCACCAUAGACUGGACCUACCGCCCUCCUAGGAGCAGCCGCACAGAAUCAAUUUUUCAUUAUCAGUCUUUCCAGUACCCAACCACAGCAGGCACAUUUCGGGAUCGAAUUUCCUGGGUUGGAGAUGUGUAUAAAGGGGAUGCCUCCAUAAGCAUAAGCAACCCUACCAUAAAGGACAAUGGGACGUUCAGCUGUGCUGUGAAGAAUCCUCCAGACGUGCACCAUAAUAUUCCCUUGACAGAGCUGACGGUCACCGAAAGGGGUUUUGGCACCCUGCUCUCCUCCGUGGCCCUUCUCUCCAUCCUUGUCUUUAUUCCCUCAGCUGUGGUGGUUGCUCUGCUGCUGGUGAGGAUGGGGAGGAAGUCUGUGGGGCUGAAGAAGAGGAGCAAGUCUGGCUACAAGAAGUCGUCUAUUGAGGUCUCCGAUGACACUGACCAGGAGGAGGAGGGCGGCUGUGUGGCGAGGCUCUGUGUCCGUUGUGCCGAAUGCCUGGAUUCAGACUAUGAAGAGAUGUACUGAUGAAAGUCUUCACGAUGUGAGGAGUCACCUAAUAACAGAACAUAAUCCCAUUCCACUGGCAGCUGAAGCCUCUCUGAGAAGUGGAGCUGGCCUGGAGAGCAUGAUGGAAGAUUCUGGAAGUUAUCAGUAAAGACUUCAGGAACCAUUUAUUUAUUGAAAAUAUGCUCUUUUCGUAUUUAUAAACUGUUCAAAAACUCUCAGAAGAGACUCAGAACUACCCCUUUUAGUAGCUCAUGCUCUAAUUGACUGAAGGAAUUCUUUUCCUGAAUAGAAAGAUACGUUUUGUUUUGUCUUCACUCUUGAAUGUAUUACACGUUUUCUUCCAAUUCUUUGAGGGAGAAUUCUAAAUGCUGGCCAUACUGCUCAUGCCAAAAUAUGUUUGUUAAAUGAAAUGGGGCUUGGAGUUUCCUGAUGUGCUGCAAGGCCAGACGUUUGGGAGGAGUAUCUUUGUAUUUUGCUACCUGAGCACCUUAGGCUGUGGGUCAGCACACAGCCUGUACCACUGGUUUGGUCAUCUCACCAUCAGUUGUGUUUGGGUGACCUGGAGGAUAUAACCCUAAUUUUUCUGUAGAAUUGGUAAGAUUGGGAGUCAGGGGUCUGCCUUGAUCAGGAUUUUAAAGUAUUAAGGUGUCAUCAGUUUACAAUUAGGGAAAGCAACGAUGAAGUGGAGGGAUUCCUUUCUCUUGUCUUCCUAGGCAAAAUUUGUUACUUUACUUUCUUACAGCUGAUGAUGUAUGGUUUCCUCCUUGACUCUUUAGAUCAGAGGCAAGAAAAACUCUUAGAAAGGUUCUCAGAGGGGAUGUGAAGGCUAUUUUACCAGUUACUUGCAGUGAAAUCAUCUUUUAACCUGUGUUAUUCUUCAAAACUUUUGAGUUCUAAAGUGUGUCAUGUAUGAGUGAACUAAGAUACUUACGAACUGGUUUUACAUAGUAUUUGAGACAAGGAAGUGAGGUGGUGUGUAACCUAUGCUUCCCCUUUGUGUUCUUCAGUACCUUACGUCAGCCUCCUCCAUUUUCUUACAGCAAUCUAUCUCAGAUUUUAACUUACAUGGGGUUUUCCAUAAACCAUUAAGAAAUACAUGUGACAUGUCAGGACAGAUUGAUGGCAUAGAGUGAUAGAGCUCACCUCUCAAUUGUAAGAGACUAGCAUUAUGCUCUCCUACCAUGGUUUUUCAACAAAAUAGUCUGUGAUUCUUUACUAGGUCGCUCAGGAGGUUCCCACAUGAUAGCACAAUACAAUGUACAUGUUAUAGACAAAUUACUUGUAUAUUUUUGCCAAGAUGUCUUUUAAAAAAUUUGGGUUGUUAUUAGUUCUGGAAGUCAUCAGUAAAGACUUCAAGAAAAUGAUAAAUAUUUGGACUGGCAUCUUCUACUAAUGUAGCCCAAAGAUUAGAGAGUCUGGUUAGUUAAUAGACUUGAUUUACCUCUGGUUAUAUAAGGAAGUAGAUGAGAUGAAGACAGGAUGAGCAGUUAUAUCUGCAGUGGUUAAAUCUCAUAGUCUUGGGCUACUUGUUAUGUGUUUGGCUGUCUGAGGCCAAUCUGGUAAGACCGUCUAUCACCACACAGGGAAAGGAAACAAAUUUGAGCAGGGAGAAUAAAUGAUUUGAGAUCUUGGCCAUUUGGAGAUAGAGAUCUAAUUGUGAGGCAGAUUGUUUUUAUGGGUCUUUAUUUCCCUGAGAAAAAGACAGUGUUAUGGGAACCCAGUUAGAGCCACAUUGUGUUAACUGAGGAGCCUGGUCUGGCUAGGUUUUCUUGUAAUUUCCUUUCAGGCAUGUUAGGGGAAUUAAUCCAGUAUGCUGUGUUCGUCGCUUUAGGUAAAUGGUGCUGUGUGAAUACUUAGUCGUGUUAUUUCAUAGACCUGAGCAUGAUUUGAACCAAUUGAACCAGUCCCUUCCUUUUUAAAUGCUGAACAAGAGAGCCUUUCAUGGUAAGAGAAUAAGUUGCUAAUUGAGUCUGCUCCGUGGGUUCGUGGUCACAUCACAGUCAUAAGGCUGCUGUCAGUCUCCUCUUCAUCCCUUACACUGAGGACUGGAUUACAUCUUUUUCUCUUCCUAGCAGCACAAAGCAAUGUUUGGACACCUGCCUUCUUAAGGAUGGAAGGAAUAUAAAAUGUUGUUAUUUUAACCUACUGUUUUAAUAUCUUCUAAGGUGCUAUUCCCUCCCUCUUUUUCUUUUUGCUGCUCCAUAUGUCCUUAGCACAUAGUACGGAGACCAGCUUUGUCUAGAAAGGGAAUUUAAUUCUGAAAGCAUCAUAAGGGGUUAAAGGCUUUUCAGAAUUUUUCUUUGGCUGCUGAAGCCUUUACCUGUAGUUACAUUACCUUUUAAGUUUUGUGCAUAGAGUGCUUAAUUCUGUUACAAAUGUGAAUUUAUAAAAUACUUUGUGUUUCCCAUGUGGCCAUUACCUCAGGCUUCUUGGGGGACAGGUUAGUUCUCUGCAGCUCCUCACGUUGUGCACUGGUGCUUCAAGAGGGAAUGUUGCAUGUUCCUGUUUAACACAAAGUUCUGGAGGCCAGAUGUUGAAUCUGGAUGUUCCGUGUGUCAUCUGGUCAUGGUUCCGAAGGGGACCCCUAAGAAGGCCCAGAUGGAGUGGGUCACGACUGUUACUUAAUUGCACAGCCUGAGACUUUGCUGCCAGAAGAGGCAGCUGCAUCCUUUUGGCCCCACUGUCGGACUGUUGGACCAUUUGCUGCAGCAUUUCACUGGUGUGUUUUGCUAGGAGUGUGUGCACUGUUGGGCCAUAUGCACAGACAUCGUACCUCUUGAUAUCUUUACUGCAUCAUAGCUAAUAAACUUCUUUGUUCUUUCUG